AUGGAGGCGAAGGUGGUCUCUGCCAGGCCUAAGUCGAGAACGACAGUCACUUUUCGUGAUGGUGUUAAAUUUACCAAAGAUUUUGCUGCCGGUGCAACUGCGGCUACUAUUGCUAAAACAAUUGUGGCUCCGAUUGAACGUGUCAAAUUAAUCUUACAGCUGCAGAAUGCACAAAGUACUAUAGAAGUUUCUAAACGGUACAAGGGCAUGAUAGAUUGCUUUCUUAGAGUUCCGAAAGAGCAAGGGUUUUGGUCUUUUUGGCGUGGAAACUUAGUCAAUAUUGGCAGAGCGUGUGCACAGGAAUCAUUUGGCUUCGCUUUCAAAGAUUUUUUUAAAAUUUGGUGUGUACGAGGUAUGGACAGUAAAACCGAACACUGGAAAUUCCUGGCCGGUAACUUGGCGGCUGGAGGUGCAUCUGGCGUAGCCACUUAUUGUAUCAUAUACCCGCUGGAUUUUGUGCGGACAAGGUUGGCGAUUGAUAUGGGUCGAGGGAUUUCGAGAGAAUUCACUGGAUUUUUUGACUGUCUAAUCAAGAUAGCCAAGCAUGAUGGUAUCGGUGGUCUUUAUUAUGGCUUCUUCCCAUCAUUACAAUAUAUCUUCCUCUAUCGGUCUGCCUAUUAUGGCCUCUUUGACACAGCAAAGGUUUUUUUGUCGGGCAGUGAAAAAAAUCAAAUCAGUUUUGUGCUUGCUUUCUUCGUUGGUCAGGUCACGACUUUCACAGCAGCAAUGAUAUCAUACCCACACGACACUGUACGUCGUCGUCUGAUGAUGCAGGCUGGUCGCAAUGACGUGCUUUAUGAGGGUUUUAUCCACUGUGCGAAGAAGAUUUAUAUUGAAGAAGGAAUCAGAGGAUUCUUCAGUGGCAUGUUGGUCAAUGCUGUCCGCGGAUCAGGUGCUGCCCUUGUCUUGGCUAUAUAUAAUGAACUUGCAAAAUAUAUGUGA